CUAAAACACCAAACCAACCCAUUUUGUGAUCCAAAUGAUUCUCAAUAAGGACUUCCUUUCCCUCGGGAAUGAUAAAAAUCUUAUUUCCAACGCUAAAUGCCCUAAAUUUAUGUCCAUGUGUGCUCCCAUCACGCCCCAAAGUUCGCCCCGCCAUUUUGCACAGCCCAUUGCAUUCGCGCAAGCUCAAGCGCAGUCGCAAAUCAUGUCCCCUCAGUCUGGACUCGGCCCCCGAAGGGAGCGGUCGCACGUCCCAUAAUGGUCCCUCUGACCUCUGCAAAUCUGAUUGAGUGAAUGAUGUAUUCCUGGUCAGGGUGACGAGUGGCUUUAAAUGAUAAGGCCUAGCCUACCUCACAACAACACUGGACUGCCUUGUCAAACAUCCAUAACACCAUGUCCAGCCCUACUUCUCAUUCUGUGAUCUGUCUCACUAAAGCCAAAGGGUGCCUACCCUGGCAGACAUAGGCCAUGACCUGAUGUAGGCUACAUUGUUAGAAUAGAUUAUGCCUGAUGACACUGACAAUCAUCAUGAUGCAGCUGAGUGAUACUGAUAGAUGAUGUGGAACUGGAAGAAGCCCAAUGGCCGGGAGAACUAUAGGCUACACCUACCUAGCAGUGCAGCGCAGGGCAUUUUUUCAGUCACAUCUAUCUGCGGGUCGCAUAGAUUGUGAUGUUUCAUCAAUCUUGAUUGAAAGCUAGCCUAGGGCAAAGUAUUGAUAAUAUAAUUAAUUAUAAGAUCACUUACUUCAAGACUGAGUCAGAGUGCGCCUCUACAGCCAUGAACAUCAACUCGAGUAUGGCGUCCCACCUGAUGGCGGAGGACAUGAGUGAUGCCAGCUCCAAUGAGAGUACACAGUUUGAUGACACUGACCUGUUGAACUCGACUGUUCAUGAUGAUGUCACAGCACAACUGGUUGCAGCAGGACCAAUAGGUGUUGCAGCUGCCGCUGCGAUUGCUACAGGAAAAAAGCGCAAGAGGCCACACUCUUUUGAGACGAAUCCUUCAAUCCGAAAGAGACAACAAACACGUCUGCUGAGGAAGUUGAAAGCCACAAUUGAUGAGUAUACAACGCGUGUCGGCCAGCAAGCAAUUGUGCUGAGUGUAACUCCUGGAAAACCCAGUCAGUCUUCAAAUGCGUACAAAUGUUUUGGAUCUCAGCCAUUGGAAACUGUUAUUCGUAAUUGCCGAAAUGUGAUAAUGCAAGAUUUAGAGGCAUCUCUAUCGCAGCAGACUCCUCCGGCAGUGCCAGAUAAUCCAGCGUUACAUGAACUACCGGCAUUGAUCAUCGAUGGUAUACCAACGCCAGUUGAUAAAAUGACACAGGCCCAGCUACGUAACUUCAUCCCUCUGAUGCUGAAGUACUCCACGGGCCGGGGGAAGCCUGGAUGGGGAAAGGAGGAGUACCGUCCCUUGUGGUGGCCAAGUGAUGUCCCGUGGGCUAAUGUUCGAAGUGAUGUCCGUUUGGAUGAAACUAAACAGAAGGUUUCCUGGACCCAUGCUUUGAGGACGAUUGUGAAGAACUGUUACAAGCACCAUGGCAGAGACGAUCUGUUGCCUGAGUUUGAGGAGCACAUGCAGUCACAUCCUGGUCACUAUGGGCAACCCACAAUGGUUCAGACGAUCAACAAUCCCGAUGGUACUGUCUCCAUCAUACAGAUUGAUACUGGUUCAGCGGGAAAUGCUGUUGUCACGUUAGGAGAUGGUACACAAGCUACAGUUGUACAUGCGAUACAACAUAAUGGUCAAACCCACGAGGCGAACCAAGCAGUGCAAACGCUAGCUGAGGUAGCAGCGAGUCAACAAGAGGUGGGAGUACACUCACAGACAUUAGAGUUAAACUCAGAUGCUGCAGCACAUGCUGUAGCAACACUAGCAGAAGCUACUAUAAAUCAGGACGGCCAGAUCAUUUUAACAGGUGAUGCAUUAGGAGAUGGAACAAAUAUUGGCGAUGGAAGAAUGAUGAAACUUUGUUUAUCGAAAGAUAUAUUCGGAAAUGCAGGUGAUCAAAAAUUUGGUAUGGUGACGAUACCAGUAUCAAUGUACCAGACUGUUGUGACGAGUAUAGCUCAGAUGCAGGAUGCGAAUAAUCAAAACAUACAAAUCGCCAUGGCGCCAAAAAUGGAAACAAUGUCACAUCCGGGAGGUGGUGGAGAUGUUCCAGAUGCGACACAUGCUGUUGAAGUGAUGACGGUUGAACAAACAUAAACUUUAAUGUUGUGUCAGACUUGUAAAUGUGUGCCAUAGAUUCCCAUUCAGGAACUUGUUGAUGUUGUUGUGAUCAUUGAAAUAGAGUUGAAAAGACAAAUUAUUGUCAUUUUCCUAAACACUCAGCUACUGGUUUGGUCUACUUUUCUUUCCACCCUCUUGGUUUUUGGUUAGGCAACCAGUGCCUCAAGUACUGUACUGUAUCAAUGGGUUGGUAAGCACUAUCUAGAUGUAGAUAUUGUCAUUUGAUUUCAUGAAUGAGGGUGAUUCAACUACCUUUCAAUUUAAGCGGAGGUCACCUCUACAUGACUUGAUGGGAAAGCUGAUUAUUUGUCUUGACAUUGUGUUUUGUGUGUUCACUGUCUGCAUUUUGACACACGUGUCUGUCUGUUAUCAUAAUAAUGGCUGUACUAGUGCAUGCACAGAAUGCUAGUACUCUGUAAUCAUUGUACAUUGAUAUUAAUCUAAUAAAGUAAAUUUUAUUGAA